AUGAGCGAUCAAGUUACCAUCACACCCGAAAUGGCCUCAGACCGAGAAGACCACAAACCUGCAAUCGAUGAUCAAUACCCAGACCAUCUCGUGACCUUUGACGGUCCGGAUGAUCCCUACAACCCAAUGAACUGGCCCUUCCGCAAAAAGUUCCUCACCACCAUUUCUUAUGGUCUCACGACUUGCUGGAUCACUUUGGCCUCUGCCAUCUUCGCUGCUGCCAUUGAACCCAUUUCUGCCGAGUUCAACGUCAACACUGAGACAUCCGCUGCAGCGACAAGUUUGCUUGUUUUUGGAUUCGGUCUUGGACCUUUGGUAUGGGGACCGCUGAGUGAGCUUUACGGUCGGAAGUGGCUUAUCCUUAUUGUGCACAGCCCUACUUUAUCGCCGCCGUAUUCUCGUUCGGUACAGCUACAGCAAAAGACAUCCAAACAGUUCUCAGGUCUCUUUGGCAGCGCGCCUGUCACGAUUACCGGAGGUGUCAUGGCGGAUAUAUGGGCCCCUCAUCAACUUGGUAACGCGAUUGUCGCGUACGGAGUUACUAUUGUUGGCGGCCCGACAUUGGGUCCUAUAAUUGGCGGAGCGCUGUGCUCGAGUCGUCUAGGCUGGAGGUGGACUGAGUACCUGACUGGUAUUGUCAUGAUGGUCCAGCUUGGGGUUGAUCUUUUGGUGAUUGAUGAGAGCUACGCACCUAUUUUGUUGGCGAGGAAAGCUCAUAAGCUGAGACUGCGAACGCAAGAUUGGGCGCUGCAUGCUAAGCAUGAGGAAUGGGACGUGUCCUUCAAAGAGCUGUACCAGAAGUACUUCAUCCGCCCCUUCCAAAUGAUGGCAACACCAAUCUGUUUUCUCAUGUCGCUAUACGCCUCGUUCGUCUAUGGAAUUCUCUAUGCGAACCUCGAAAGCUUUUCCAUCGAGUACCAGGAAGUGCGCCAAUGGGGACCAGUGGUUGGCACCUUGCCUUUCAUCGCUCUGUUGAUUGGCAUUCUCGUUGCAGCAGCAGUCAAUAUCUAUAACAACAAGUACUAUCGCAGGAGACUUGUGGAGAAUGGAUACAGAGCUGUUCCGGAAGCGAGAUUGCCUCCGAUGAUGGUCGGUGGAAUCGUCUUUGCGGCCGGACAGUUCCUCUUCGCAUGGACCUCAUCUCCUCGCAUCAACUAUUGGCCAUCAAUCAUCGGCAUCGCUUUGACAGGUCUUGGCUUCACAACCAUCUUCCAAUCUGCACUGGGCUACCUCAUCGACACGUUCACUCAAUACAGCGCAAGUGCAGUUGCAGCUAAUACCUUUAUGCGAUCCAUGUUCUCGGGUGCAUUUCCUUUGUUUAUCAUCCCCAUGUACCACAAACUUGGAGUGAACUGGGGAACAACCGUCUUUGGUUGUAUCGCUGCGGCGUUGAUUCCUGUUCCCUAUCUGUUCUUUGUCUGGGGAAAGAGGAUCAGAGGUAGGGGCAAAUGGAGCAAGGAAAGCCUUUAG